CCCUUCGCCGUGGCAAGAUCGCAAGACUCCGACCGGGAACACCUUUUUCUUGACUGGUUUGUUCAAGCGCAAGCGACAUCCUCUAAGGAGACCUGCACUACUCGUUCAGGUUGCACGCUUCCUUUUCUUUUUCACCCAAGCCACACCAAGAGGACUCGUCCACCCACCUUACCAAGCGCCCCACCAAGAAACACCACCUCCGCGGACAACCCCUCCAAAGAUCGGUCAAGAUGUUAAAGAUCUGGUCUAUGAAGAAGGAGCAGCAGAAGGCUGAAAAUGCCGACACUGCGGGAGGUAAGAAGAAGAAGGUGACGGCUGCGCAACUGCGGGUGCAGAAAGAUCUGUCGGAGCUAUCCCUCGGUUCGACAAUGAAGACGGACUUCCCGGACCCCGACGAUAUUCUUCACUUCACGCUGACGAUCGAGCCCGACGAGGGCAUGUACCGGACCGGGCGGUUCACGUUUACGUUCGACAUCAACCAAAACUUCCCUCACGAGCCGCCAAAAGUCCGGUGCAAGGAGAAGAUCUACCACCCUAACAUUGAUCUCGAAGGCAAGGUUUGCCUUAACAUCCUGCGUGAGGACUGGAAGCCUGUUCUCAAUUUAAAUGCGGUCAUCGUCGGACUCCAGUUUCUCUUCCUCGAGCCUAAUGCUUCCGAUCCCCUGAACAAGGAGGCCGCUGAGGACCUCCGACUCAACCGGGAAGGGUUCAAGCGAAACGUCCGGACCGCGAUGGGCGGUGGUACCGUCAAGGGCCAGGGCUACGAUCGUGUGCUGAAAUAAGGCCAACGACGGCCUUUGAGUGUCUGCUACCUCUGCGGGCUUGCGGUCGAUAUAACCCUCCUGGACGAGACAGGAGACGGCAAGCCGCUUUGAUACCACAGACGGGCAGGCAGGCAGAGCAGUUUGGGCGACGAGUGCAGUGGAAAUGCGCAUUUGGAAGGUCGGUGGGCAUAAGCACAAAAGCAAGACAUCAUCGUCCGGCGUUCAAGGGGAAAGGAAUAUCAAGUUACAGAGAGGACAACUAUCGGGCGAGACAUGCAGUCCAGGUAGUUAGAGAGCAGGAUGUCUGGGAGAGGCGUAUGGACUCGGUCCAGGGGUUCAGACAUGCGGAAGGAAAGUAGGUAGGGUAAGCUACACGUGGCGCCGCUUGGACGAGACAGGGACAAGUAGAAGAUGAUUUACGGAAUGCAAAGAGCGUUGCUGCGUUACGGCGUCGAAGGAACAAGCGAAGCGACAUGGCAACGAAAGCCAAUCAACGGGGCGUACAUUAGCAAGCCGCGGAGUGAGAGAGCAAGCAAUGCUGCAAGGGAGUCACAGCUCCCCGAGAAAGGAGUCAUACGUUACUAGCAGCGCCGGUGACCGGUAUGCGUCAACGGCCGCAGCCGGCAGCCCAGUUGUCGGUGAGAUUCUGCCCG